CUUCAACUCACCGCGUUAUGGUUGCUCGUACCAACUGGUCUGGCGGUCGAUUGAGUACACGUAAAAAAAAAUUGUCAGCGAAAUUAUUACAGUGUCACAAACUUUUUUUAUCCCCCUGUUCAAACCAAUGCUCCAACGCUCAAGACAGUUCUCUCGAUUUUUUUCUUUCUGUCUCAUAACUAUGUACUCGAUGGUAUUUCGCACACACGAUCGACAGACCCCAGGUUAAAUUUCACUCAGUUAAAAUAGUGACGCCACUGGUUUUGAGCAAAGGUGCUUUGUCUUUUGAAUUCGAGUCAAAAGCAGAAAUUUUGAACCGCCGGUCCAAUAGCGUGGAAAUUUUUUGCAGCUGGUGAAAAGACCCUGUGUUUACCAUUUUCAACCGUCUUACAUCGUUCCAGCCAACAUGUUUGCAGCCAAGCACUCAUCCAUUUUGCGUGCUACCGUUUCAGUUGCCCGCCGUGCCUAUGGUACUACUGGAUAUGAUUCCACCUACAAGAACUUGAUGAUUAACAAGAACACCAAGGUCAUCUGCCAAGGUUUCACUGGAAAGCAGGGUACUUUCCACUCGCAACAAGCCAUUGAAUACGGCACAAACAUGGUUGGUGGUAUCUCCCCCAAGAAGGCCGGUCAAACCCACCUUGGCCUCCCUGUCUUUGCCUCUGUCAGAGAUGCUGUCAAGGAAACCAAGGCUGAUGCUUCCGUCAUCUACGUUCCCCCUCCUGGCGCUGCUGCCGCCAUCUUGGAAGCCAUCGAAGCUGAAGUUCCUUUGAUUGUUGCCAUCACUGAGGGUAUUCCUCAACACGAUAUGGUCAGAGUCAAGCAAGCUCUUUUGACCCAAGACAAGUCUCGUCUCGUUGGUCCCAACUGCCCUGGUAUCAUCGCUCCUGAGCAGUGCAAAAUUGGUAUCAUGCCCGGUCACAUUCACAAGCGCGGUAACGUUGGUAUCGUCUCUCGCUCCGGUACCCUUACCUACGAGGCCGUCAACCAAACUACCCAGGUUGGCCUCGGUCAAACUCUCUGCGUCGGUAUUGGUGGUGAUCCUUUGAACGGUACCAACUUCAUUGACUGCUUGAGAGUCUUCUUGGAAGAUGAUGCUACUGAAGGUAUUGUUAUGAUUGGUGAAAUCGGUGGUUCCGCUGAAGAAGAGGCUGCCGAAUUCUUGAAGCAAUAUAACCUCACCAGAGAGAAGCCCAAGCCCGUUGUUUCCUUCAUUGCUGGUCUCACUGCUCCCCCUGGUCGUCGUAUGGGUCACGCUGGUGCUAUCAUCUCAGGUGGAAAGGGUGGUGCUCAAGACAAGAUGCGUGCUUUGGAAAAUGCAAAUGUCAUUGUCUCCAAGUCCCCUGCCGACAUGGGUGUCUUGCUCAAGAAGGCUAUGACCGAGGCUGGUCUUGUUUAGAUAGAUAUAUGAAAUCGUCGCGCAUCAUUCCAAGAAUAUACAAAAAAUAUACGAGUUGUUUACUAUUUUAUACUUUCCUUUUUCUUCUACUAUUGAUGGGUUAGAGACUCGUGUUAGAAAUAUAACGCCUCGUUAUUCGCUCAACUACGACAAUGGCCCAUUCCAAAAUAAUGGCGAAAGCCGUUCAACACCGACGCAUUAUCUUCAAAUAGAAUUGCGUCUUAUGUUACAUAGAUGUCGAGUUUAGGGAACGGUUCAUUACGGAAUGAUUUAGUAUAAAGCCGGGCAAUUGCCAU